CAACUGACAUUGAUUAUUUGUCGUCCUUUGAUUUUAAUUAUAAUACUGCACUUGAAACUUCACCAACAACCAUCUCAAAAUCUCAUUCAGUUAUUAAUUCAAUAGCUGAUGAGUUCAGAUCCACCUCACAAACUCCUAAUAAACGUCGAAGGUCAAUGUUUACUUCUAUGAACCAAGCCCCUGUUCCAACUUUAUCUACAACACUGCAAGAACUGGACUCUUUUGAUGUCAAUGCCGGAAUUACCUCUAAUAAAAAAGGUAAAAAAAAAUUAUCAGAUUUGGUGCUAGAUUCUCUUAAUCUAGGUGCAACAG